AUGGCAGAGGACUACGAGAUCUCUUGGUCCAAACUCUUGCCGGAUUGGAAGGUCUGGGCGUUUAGGGCCUUCAAAUUCUAUGCAACAAUCGUCUUCGCCUUUCUCGCCACCUUUCUAUUCACGGUCGGAAGUCUCACGUCCAUUGUUGCUUCAGUUGUACUCGUUAUCUACAACAUCGUUGUAACCGUCGAGUGCUUCAUUGCUGGCAUCAUGUGGCUUAGUUAUGGCGACACAGACAGGCCACCAGUGAAUGAGGCACAGGAGCAGGAGAUCAUGCGCAAGUACUCCAAGUACUGGGAGGUGUCGGGCAAUUCACCAUACUCUACCGAUGAUGAGGACGACGAUAGUACCACCAGCAGUUGCUGCAGCAGUGACUUGCUCACUCCGUCCAAUAGCAACGACAGUGAGUCCAGCCAGGACACCAUUCCCACCCCGAAUUCCGAGACAUCGCAAAGCUCGAUCGACCGCCCGCCCCGCCCCGCGCUGCGUUGUUCCGCGUCAGACCACUCCCCACCGCGCACCGGACGUGUUAAGAGAGUGACCUUUGCCGAAGAGGUCGAAUAUAUAGGCGAACCCCGUGGAGGACACUUCGGUGGGGGCAGUGCUGGGGCCAACGGCAAACAUACGUCCAGCAGCCGCUCCCGACGGCGGCAUGAUCGCAACCGACCCCUCUACAAGGAGUCCGAGAUCAUCGAGUUGCUGCCGCGGCGGCCGGCCACGGAAGAUGAGUCCGAAAUUCCGGCUGUCACGAUGCGGGCGCCGACGCGUGCGCGCGUUGAGAGGGAAGAGAAAAAGCGACAAGAGAAGGCAGAGCGGGAGAUCGCUGUGUUGAGAGAACAUGGGAGAUUGUGGGAUUUUGGAGAUAAUUGA